AUGGCCGAAGCUGGAAGAGCUGUUCUUCGUACUCUCCAUGCUGUCCAGCUCGAGGAGACCAUGAUGAUGGCAGCCGCGGCGGCUCAGGCUUCGGCGGCUUGGGUCGGCCUCAUGCGAUUUCCCAUGGUCCUUGUUCAUCUCGUGCGCGAGCUCAUCAAAGUCGCCAUUCCGCCCGCUGUCCUUGUCGGCAUCUGGCUCAUCCGCAGGUGUGGGGAGCCGCCUGCCGGCGCUGUUCGCACCGACCCUGUGGUCGAGCAUGCCGUCGUCGCCGUCGUCGCCUACGGCAUCGUCGCUUGUCUAGUUCACGCUGCGGCAGAAGCCGUCUCGGCACUCAGGAUCGGUCCAUACUGGCACUCGGACGUCCACAUGGCGACGCUUAAGAAAGCGCUCCUCGACGCCGCCACCCUUGCCUCGGCCUGCCGCGAGGGGCCCGAGCACACACUCCGGCCCGAGGCGCGGGCGGCAGCCAUUCCGUUUGCCGACGACAACGAGGCCGGGCGUGGAAGCGGGAGCGUGACUACGUCGCGCGACCCGACGCUCAUCGGCAUCCAGCACACGUUUGUGACCUCGACGGUCAAGGGCGUCUCGUUCUGCAACGUCUGCACCAAGGCUGUCCGUGGCCUCGGCGCGUCGGGUCUCGAGUGCUCGUGCUGCGGUUACGUGGUCCACGCCAAGUGUGUGGCCGACGCCGACGCACGGUGCAAGGUGUACGUGGCGCACGCGCACAUCGAUGCCUCGCUCACCGGCGCGGGCUCGUCCGAGGUCCUCGCCCUGCCCGACGGCACUAACGCGCCGCUGGAGCACCUGUGGGUGGCGGGCAACUGCCCCGGGCGAGUCCCAUCGACCUGCAUGGUGUGUUACAAGUCGACGGCGUCAGCGCGCGGGCUCAAGCACUACCGCUGCGCCUGGUGCCAGGCAACGGUCCACGAGAGCCACCUCGCCGACGCUCCACGGAGCUGCUCUCUCGGCAUCCACGCGCCGCUCAUUGUGCCACCGGGCGCAGUCGGGCUCGAGACCGAUAACGCCGGCGAGGUCAAGUACGUCAUGCGGCCGGUUGCCGGCGCCCGCCCACUGCUGGUGUUCAUCAAUCCCAAGGCUGGCGGGCGCCAGGGUGAGGCUCUCUUCCCGGUCUUUCAGCAGCUGCUCAAUCCGGCACAGGUCUUCGACCUGAUGAAGGGCGGCCCGGCGCCAGGCCUCCGCGCCUUCCGCGGCUGCACCAACUUUCAGAUUGUGUGCGCCGGCGGCGACGGGACCGUCGGCUGGAUCAUGCAAGAAGUCGACAAGGCCGAGCUCGGGGGCUACGUCCCGCCCAUUGCAGUCAUUCCGCUGGGAACCGGCAACGACCUCGCGCGCUCGCUCGGGUGGGGUGGUGGCUACGAGGGUGAGGAUGUUCACGACAUUCUCGUCGAGAUGGCGCACGGCCGCAUCUACCCGCUCGAUCGGUGGCAGCUCUCAGUGGCCGGUGUUGACGGCUCGGGCUCGGACGAGUCGGCGGCUGGCGCCGUCGCCUCGCACAACACCUCUUCGGUCCUCAACAAUUACUUUUCCAUCGGCCUCGACUCCAAGCUCGCACUCCAGUUCCAUACCGCCCGCGAGGCCAACCCGGGCAAGUUCUCGUCGCGGCUGUACAACAAGUACUACUACGGCAAGGUCGGCUCCAAGCAGCUCCUCACCGGGUGCGGCGAGACCCUGCUCGCCCAAGUCAUUACCCUCACCGUCGAUGGCCGCCAGAUCGACCUCGGCAAGGCGCAAGGCCUCAUGGUCCUCAACCUGCCGUCGUACGCCGCAGGCUGCAACUUUUGGGGCUCGUCACCGCGUGCGCCGUGGAAAGUCGCCGCCACCGACGACGGCCUCCUUGAGGUCGUUGCCAUCACCUCGGCUUUCCACCUCUCGCGCUGCGCGUCCAAGAAGCGCUGGGUCGGCGCCCCGAUCCGCCUCGCCCAGGGCGCCUCGAUCGUCAUCGACCGCCUCCCGGACGCGCCGCCGCUGCCCAUGCAGGUCGACGGUGAGCCGUGGGCCCAGGACUUUACCUCACUCGACAUCUCGUUCCUCAACCAGGCCCACAUGCUCACCCACCCCGAGCGGGCCAUCGUUGUCGCCCAAGAGAUCGUCGUCGAAGACGCCGCAACCAGAGCUUCAGGGCCGCCGCAGCCUCGCCGCCCGGCUACUGCUCCCGCACCGCAGCCGCCUGCCGAAGACGACGACCACUCGUACGACUACGCAUACGAAUCGUACGAGUCGGUCGGCGAUGCCCGAGUGUGA